UGAAGUGGACGCCGGUGAGGAGUGGGUCACACACACACCGCCGCAGAGGAGCUGUCAGUGAGACAGGUGGAGUUUCUCAGUCUCCCCCGGUGAGUCCCAGCGGAGGGACACGGUGGCGGGGACACACAAUUCCUUCGUCUUAUUAUCGGUUCAUCGUAUCUUUGAGAGAAUUAUUUGACAAGCCCGACCAUGACUUCGGUAUGGAAACGGCUUCAGCGGGUUGGGAAGAAAGCGUCCAAGUUCCAGUUUGCUGCUUCAUUUCAAGAACUGACGAUAGAAUGCACAAAGAAAUGGCAACCAGACAAACUGAGAGUGGUGUGGAUCAGGAGAAACAGACGUCACAGCACAAAGCUCCACAGCUGGCAGCCAGGGAUCACAAACCCCUACAGAGGCCUGGUGCUUUGGCAGGUUCCAGAGAGUUUAGACAUCACUGUCACACUUUUCAAGGAACCCACUGCAGAGGAGUUUGAAGACAAGGAGUGGACUUUUGUCAUUGAAAAUGAGACAAAAGGCCAUAAGAAGGUGUUGGCAUCAGCAGACGUCAACAUGAAGAAGUUUGCCAGCGCCACGCCGGCCCAGUAUGAUCUAACACUGAAGCUGAAACCGCUGUCUGUCAAGGUGGUGGAAGCCACGCUGAAGCUGAACUUGUCUUGUGUCUUUCUCAAAGAGGGCAAGGCCACUGAUGAGGACAUGCAGAGUUUGGCCAGUCUAAUGAGUAUGAAACAGAGUGACAUUGGAAACCUGGAUGACUUUAAUGACAGUGACGAUGAAGGCGGUGAGGAAAGGAGAGCCAGCUUUGGACAAGCUGCUCAUGUUACUGCCUCUGCCUCUUCUAACAUGAGAGUACAUGAUGUGGCUUGGAGGCCUGCAGUUGUAUCAGGCCCCACAGUAACCUCAGAGAUGGGUUGGAAAGCGUCCUCUGGCAUUUUCUCCACCAUCUCGGUCCCAUCUCGUCCUCCUCUGCCUGAACCCCCAGACCCCUCAGUUCCAUCCUCAUUACGCAUCCGACCAGCUAGCACUGGCCAGCCGGCUCGGCCCUCCCCCUAUGCCUACUCAGUGCCAGCCUUUACACGUGCUCACCCUCCUGCACUUCCCAAAAUCUUCCAGCCCACUGCCGGCUCAGUGCCCCUUUCAGCUCCGCGAAGGCCCCAUAGCUUCCACAGUGACUCCUCUCCAGCUGAGGGCUUGGAGGCUUUCCCUACCUUCACCCCUUCUAAAGCCAUCUCCAUCUCUUCCAUCUCCUCUUUACCCUCUGAUUCGCCUCUCCAUACUAUCCCCGUCCCUGAUACCUCACAACCAGCCUGUCUCAGUGCCUGGAGAGAACAGAGCGUUGCUUCCUUUUCCUCUGCGUCCUCUUCCUCCUCAUCUUCAGCUCCUCUCGGCUCCUUCUCUUCCAUGCCUCCACUGCCUCCUGCUUCCAGGCAGCCCAAAGCUCGCCUCACCUCUGUGGGGGAGCCAGGCUCUGCCCUCACCAGGCCCACCAGCCUGCCAUCUGCCCCUGAGACAGCUUCCUGGCAGAGUGAAUGGAGGCCUCCUAAAUCUCAAGCCCCACUAGCACAGCCUGCCCACUCUCCUAGGUUUCUGCAUCUCUCUGAUCCCAGACAGCCUGCAAUGCUGCAGAAAAAGCCCACAGAGACGCCAUCUUUAUUCUCUCUGCCAGUCACUGGUCAGUCUUUGGAGCAGAAGCCCCAGGGAGGGUCUGGAUUUGUUACUUCCUGGAGACCCCAGGUCACCCCUACAGUAGAGAUGCCCUCACCUUCUCCUUUAAAUCCUUCCUCUGCUCUCCCGCUCUUUGGGUCUCCUCCUCCUCCUCCUCCUCAGCCUCAUUUAUCCCAAACUGCCAUAACCUCUAUCAGUGACCAAGAUGCAGAAUUCAAAAGACAGCUGAGCACCCUGAGUGAAGAGGAUAACCAGUGUACAACCGCUGCAACAUCUGAUCCCAGAGCGCCGGCCAGCCAGAGACCAACGUCGUCCAGGGCUUCAGAGCAGAGAAGAGAUGCACAUUUUGGAAUCGAGGUUGUUAAGGCAUCAGCAGGACCUGAGAGCAUGGCCUCACUUCUGCCCUUUAGCCCCAGAACGACCGUAGACCCAGGGCUAAAAUAUUUUGAGAUGCCAAAAACACAGAUGGAUCAAACAGAAUCAAGGCCAACAAGGACAUUCUCUAACAUCCAGCCAACAUUUCCUCCCUUCACUUCUGCACCUAUGCAAAACCCUGAUUUUCAAGAUCAAUGCAGAUCUGCUUCAGUCAAGGAGCUUCUGGUUAAGCCAAGAUGUCACAUUUCCACAAUGUCCAUUCAGUUAGGGGAUUUAAUAACACAACCAGAGCCUGUUCAACAUAUACCUCUUUCUCCUACCAACCCCCAACCUACUUCCAGAUCACUCCAGGGACCUUCAAUGCGCUUGCCGCAAAUGGCUAGAUUUGACACAAAACCGAUAGGAAGGAUAGGAGUGGCCCAUAAAAAAGAAGCUUUAACUAUGGAUUUGGGAAAUGAGAGCGUGGCUUUCUCAGUGUCAUCUUGUGUCAGAGACGCCAAUUCUGCUUUUCCUCCAAUUGUGAUGGAUGAAACACCUGAAGCUCAGUCUGGAGAACAGCCCAUUGCAAAAAACCUACAGUGGGAGAACCUUCAAAAAGACACUCAAAAAAUAAGCCCUGCUGUUCCAAUACCCAUUAUGGAUAAGAAAACCAUAUGCAACAUGACUGCCUCAGACAAAGUCACUUCAAGAUUGGGCUCUGAUUUUCGGUUUCCCUCAGCACAGCAGGCCACAACAGACACUUUAUCAAAGCAAAGAGAAAAAUUUAAAGUGGAUUUUUCAUCAUCUUCCACAAAAUGCUUUGAUGUGCAUGGUUUGGACCCAGAACAUUGUAUGGAGAAAGGGAGUACUGAAAAUGUGGCUUCUGUGGAUGAAAGACUACUGUGUGAAAGAGAUAGGAGAGUUGCACAGGAACUUGUGUUGCCAAGCUCUGCAGUCGGUAUACAAGAAAAGUGUGUCUACACAUCUAAGGUGGAACUUUUUCCAUUGAGUACAACAGGGAUUGCUAUUUCUCAUUCACCGUCCACUUGCCAGCCUAAAGUUCAGAUUGAAGAACCAGUGGGGGUGCCAAUAAUGAUUAAGUCACAAUCAAGCUGCCCACAAUAUUCCAAGAUUCCUGGCAUGCCAUCUUUACAUCAAUCUCAAGUUAUAGCUUGGUUCGAUGAUAGGUUAUUGUUUCAGAAGUUACCCAGCAACAGAUUUCCUUUACUCCUGUAUUCAGAUUAUGUUGGUUCCAUUUCUGAGGGUAGUACAGGAAUUACCAAAAUGGUGGACUUAACACCCUCCUGCUCCAGGUCUGCCAGUAUUCCUGGAUUCCCAUCUGCUUUGAAACGUGAGGCCAAUAUGACUUGUCUUUUACCUACAUGUCCCAGAAUUAGCAGGAUUCCAGGAUUAGCUUCUGCCAGAUCAGUGACUGGAUAUGAAAAGAGUGUUUGGGACAGAUGUUGUCUGUGGAAGAAACCAAUGCAGAUAAAAGAAGCAUUUGCUUCAUACAUGCCUUGUGUUCAGAAAGAAGCUGUUAGUGAUACUAAUAUCAUUAAAGGCAUGGUGGCCAUGUUACCAACAUGUUCUAGAAAGGCCAGUGUUCCAGGGUUUCCUUCUGCACCAUUGCAGAAGGCUUCAAAUAUUUUAAGUAUGGCCAGUCUUCUCCCUACAUGCCCCAAACAGACAAUGAUUGAAGGUAUGCCAGGUAGACAAAUAGUUAUGGCAUAUAAUGACAGUUGGCAUAUUUUGAGGAAAUUAAUUUUAGAUAGACCAUUGAGAAGUAAUCCUGUUCUUGUUCAGGAAAAGCCAUAUAUAAAAGAACAUAUAAAACAUAUGGUAUAUAUGUUACCAUCAUGUCCAUGGAAGGAAACCAUCCCUGGUUUUCCCUCUGUCCCAAGAAAAGAACCCAGUGUACCUGGUUUUUCAUUUGCACUAAGCCAAGAUUAUAGCAUGGCAGACCUUGUGCCGACUUGCUCAAGAAAGACCAGAGUCAUUGGUUUACCCUCUAAGGAGCCAGUUAGUGCUCAUGGUAGGGGUUUAGAUAUAACCAGGCACAUUUUGAUGGAGAAGCCUUUGAGUAAAGGUGAAGUCUUGAUUUCAGAUAGUUUCCCAGGUGCUGAUCAGGAUCAAGACAAAAGAGAAAUGUAUAGUUCAGUGGCAAUGUUGCCCUCAUGCCCUGUGAUAACUUGCCUUGAGGGUAUGCCCACAAUACCCCAGAAGCUGUUGCCAGGUAUUGUCAGUCUUCUACCAGUAUACCCUAAACAGACAAAAACUCCUGGUAUGCCAUCUCAAGAUCAAAACAAUGCAGAGAACAAAGAUUGGCAUGCCCUGGGGCGAUUAAUUACCAAGAGACCAGAAAAGAAAACACAAGCUUACAUUGGUCAAUGGAUACCGAAAGACACAGAAAACCCUAAAGAUAUGGUAGAUAUGUUGAUAAGUUGUCCACAAAAAGCCAAAGCUUUUGGCUUACCCUCUGCUCCACGACAAGAACCCAGUAUGGUUAAUGUAAUGCCUUCAUGCCCCAUACAUAGUCGAGUCCAUGGUUUGCCUUCAAAGACUAGACAAAAACUUUGUUUGUCCAGCUGCAAUGAAUGGUUUGCUUCUAAAAACUUACAGUGCAAGAGGCCAUUUAUCAAAAAGGAAGUCCAGAUUAUAAAUGCAGUUUUGCGUUUUGAUAAGAACACUGCUGAAAGUAUGAGUGCAAUAUUACCCUCUUGCGCUAAGAAUGCUAGUAUACCAGGGUUUCCCUCUGCCCUGACACCAACAUUAGCAGAUGGCCCAACUAUGGUGAAUGUAUUGCCUUGUUGUACAAAGGAAUCUAGAGUUCCUGGAAUGCCACUUAGAGACACAAGCAAACAAUUAGCGUGGGUAAUGGAAAGUAAGUCGCUGCUAGUCCUUAGGGAGAAGUCUACAGUUACAUUACAUUUACAGAAUCUUAAUGUGUUCUAUUCUGAUUGUGAUAUGAUCAAAAAUAUGGUAUCAAUUUUGCCCUCCUGCCCUAGGACAGCCUGUUUACCAGGCUUUCCAUCAGUACCAUGUCAGGUGUUGGCAGAUAUACCAAGUAUGAUCAAUCUUCUGCCUACUUCUCCAAGACAUUCCAGAGUAUGUGGAAUACCGUCUAGAUUCCACAGUGAGUCUCAUGAGUCAGAAUGGAGUCUAAACAAAAGGCCAAUAUGGAAAAGGCCAUUAACAAACCCAGGAAAACUUUUAGUAAUACAUGACCAUAAGAUGUAUUUAAGAGAAAAGGCAGUGGCUAAAAUUAUGGUAUCAAUGUUGCCACCUUGUCCAAAACACUCAUAUAUUCCUGGAAUUCCCUCUAAGGCUGGAGAGAGACCAGUGGAAGCUGUGACGAAAGAGGCUCUGAGCAUGUUAAAAUCCUUAGCCACUUUCCCAGAAAACAGUAAAAUUCCAGGUCUACCUGCAAAGUAUAGUGCAAAAGCUACUGAUGGCUGGUAUGUGGACAGGGAUGAGGUUUGGAAAAACCCAUAUAAUAUAAGGUAUUGCGUUGUUAACCAAGAUUUUCCAGUUAAGGAAAUGUCAAGUAGGGAGAAAGAAGUAAUGCUGAGUAUGCUUCUAUCAUGUCCACGACAAGCCUUGAACCCUGGAUUUCCUUCUGCUCCACGACCACAAGCUUUUGAUGUUAGUGUGGGAAAAAAUCCAGACAUGGUACAGAUGCUGCAAUGUUGCCCAAGACAGUCAAGUAUAAUUGGUUUCCCCUCCAGAGUGUCAAUUAUUUCCCAUUCUAAAGUAGGGGGCUGGCCGGUGGUAAAUAUGCGAGAUUGCUGCCCAAUUUACCCAAAGUAUAGUUCUUCUCACAAAGACAUAGCAAUGACAAGUCUUUCUCUUGAACCUUCUUGUCCAAACAUUUCUCUCAGUUCUGGUUUCACAGCAGUUCCACCGCCUGGCAUAGACCGGCUUCCGAAUAUGGUAAAUAUAGUGCCAUCUUGCCCAAAGAAAGCUUCUGUUCUUGGGGUACCAUCAACACAUGUGCACCAUUCAGAACAGGGGUGGCCAGGAACAAAAAUAAUUGGAAAGGAAAGUGAAAACCCUAAAAGUCAACAGCUGUCACUGGAAGAACAUUCUCUUUGUAAUGUUUCUGUCAGAGAGAAAUCCAUGCAGUUCAUUUUCCCAAGCCAAGAUGUACCAGAGGAUCUACAACAAAGAAUGACAAUUGAGUCAUUAACCUGUCCCGUCGAGGCCAUUGUCAAAGAUUUACCAUCGUCAAAUUCUAAAAUCCAAGUGGACCAGCGAUCCUCUGUCGUGAAUGGGAUUGAGAUGUUAUGGGAUGAGUCCAGUCCAACCAGAUUAGAUCUUGACACAAAGAAAACUAAAUCUGAUGUGUGCUCAGCUUUGGAGAGACAUAAAGAUGAACAGGGCUUUUGGAUACCGAUUGAGGCUGAAGAAAUAGCUGUUCUCGAAAAAGGAAACUUGCAUUGCAGAAUGUGGCACUCCAUUCCUGACAUGCCAUUGUUCUUGAGUGUUAGGAAGAGACAUGAAAACAUGGUUUCACUACAGCCAUCAUGCACAAUUGUUGCUGGUGCAGAAGAACUCACAUCCCAAACCCAAAUAAAGAAUGCCGAGCAGCAGUUAAAGAAACAUCCCACAAACAAGACCAUACUAUGGGAGGAGCUUCCAAAGGCCAAUACAAUAAAAUAUCCUACACAAAAGACUAUAAUAUGGGAGGAGCUACCAAAGGUAUCUACAGAGGUAACUAGAAGAUCAGAGGAAGAAAUGGAAAUGGUCAGUCUCCCUUCCAUGAUGUUAGACACUGGUGAUGGAAUAAAGACAAAUACAGAAGCUGGGAUUGCAGAUCUAUUGCCAAUGAGGCCAACAGUUAGCACCCUAUUUGAAUUCACUGCUACUGCUAAACAAAUAGACAAAUGCCUACUGGACAGCAAGUCUACUUGGGAUACUCCAUCAAGGGAUAAUGAAUUAGUGGAUGAAAAAUUUCCCCCCCCUCGCGCACAAUGUGUGCCAUAUCAUGUGAAGCCUGAAAUUGAGUAUAAACAGUACACUUUCUUGGAAGCCUGCCCAGGUGUGACAAACAUUGCUGGCAUGCCGUCCAAAUUGCCCAUAAAAGAAAAACCCUGGCUUAUAGAUCAAAAGCCAAUCUGUGAGAAACAAUCAAAAAUUAAGGAAAUAUUACUGACGUAUGCAUCAAAGGAUGAUGAAAAGAACAAGAAGGAAAUGGUUUUUCUGGUACCCUCUUGCCCCAGUGAGGCCAGAAAUCCAGGGUUCCCUUCUGUACCACAAUACAGUUUAAUUUUUUAUGGACCACCCAAUAUGGUGAAUAUGUGUCCCGGCGGUCCAAGUGUAUCCAAUAUACCUGGUUCACCAUCUAUCCAUGAAGCCAAUAAGAGAUUAUUGGUAUCUCAACAGGAACCACUUUUGGAGAAGAAAAUAAAAACUGAACUUGUCAUGACAGUGUCACAAAGAGAGAAGGAUGAAAUGAAAAUUGGAGCUUUGGUACCAACUUUCCCAAAACAUUCUUGCAUAGCAGGCAUCCCCUCAAUUCCACAACCUACUGUAGCACUUCACGGAUCAGAUAUGAUCAGCCUUUUAAGCUCUUGCCCCAAAACCUCUUGUAUUGAAGGUAUUCCAUCAUUAAUGGAACAUUUUAGCAAAGUCUGGGCUACAGAUUACACACCCUUUGGGGUAAAACAGCCAAAAAUCAACACAGUCAUGAUUGAAGACAGACCUCACAAUGAUGACAUGGGGGCCAUGUCAGCUUUAGCCCCAACUUGUCCAAAACAAGCUUGUAUCCCUGGAUUUCCAUCUGUUCUGGAACCUACGGUAAUCUAUAAUGAAUUUAGUAGGGUCAAUCUCCUUCCAUCCUGCCCGGCCGCCUCAAGUAUGGCUGGUUUUCCUUCAAUGCAGAAAGCUGAUGGCAAAGACUGGAACACUAUUCAUCAACCAUUAUGGGAGAAGGAAAAUAAAAAAGAGUCUGUUCUACUACUGGAGUACGAUAAAAUUGACAAAGACAUGAAAGGAGUUGUGUCUCUUGCACCAAGUUGCCCAAGAGAAUCACUCAUCUCUGGCUGCCCCUCUUUACCAAAAUCCAGAAUAAUUAAUGCUGUUGACAUGACAAAUAUGGUCAGUCUUUCAAGCUCAUGCUCAAAAGUGUCCCAAAUACCAGGAUUUCCAUCAUCUCAUAAUUCAAAAGAGUGGACAAAGAGCAGGGAAUCACUAUUUGAACCAAGAUUGAAAGACAAGCAGGUGUCAUCAAUUGACAGAUGUCAAGGAGAUAAGAGAGCAAUGAAAGCAAUGUUUUGUCUUGUACCAUCCUGCCCAAAAGAGGCACGGAUGCCAGGAUUUCCUUCUCAUCCAAAUCCCCUAACUGUGUAUAGUGCACAGAAUAUUAUCAGCCUUUUUACAUUGUGCUCGCAAGUUUCCAAAAUUCCUGGAUUCCCAUCAGUUGAUGGGAAUAUGAGUGUAGGAUGGGUAACAGAAAAGGGUUCAUUGCUGAAGAGGCUACCAAAGAAGACGGUCAUAUUUGACACAUCAAAUGACAACAAAAAGAUAAUGAAGAAUAUGGUUUCAUGUGUACCAUCCUGUCCUAAAGUGUCAAGCAUCCCUGGUUUCCCAUCUAUUCCAAAUCCCAAAAUGGUGUAUUAUGGCCAAAAUGUAGUCAACCUCCUUCCUUUGUGCCCCCUAGUUUCUAUCAUACCUGGAUUUCCAUCAGUUGAAGGGCACAGGGAAGAGGGAUGGGGUACUGAACUGGUUUCACUGAUGCACAGACCACAAAAGAACAAUCAGUUUAGGAUUAACAGCUCACCAGUUAACAUAGACAAACAAAGCAACAUGCUUGCUUUAGUUCCUUCUUGCCCAGGAGCAUCAAAGAUUCCAGGCUUCCCAUCUGUCCCGCAAUACAAUAUGCUAAGGAUUGUACCUAUUUGCCCCAAAGUAUCCAGACUCCCUGGAUUUGCAUCGUUUGAAGGGGCCUCAAAAUUCCAAUGGCUUUUUAAAACACCCACUUUGUGUGAUAAGCCACUAAAGGAAACUGUUUUUGUGAUACACCUUCCAAAUCAAGACGAAGAAACUGCGAAGACAAUGUUUGCUUUAGCGCCAUCUUGCCCAGAAGCAUCCAGGGUCCCAGGGUUCCCCUCUGCAUCUCAAACCAAAUCAGAGAUUGAACCCAAUAUCAUACAUUUGUUACCUUGCUGCUCUAGUGCUUCAAAUCUCAAAGGGUUUGCAUCCAUGACUACAAUUCCAAGCACAGGGUGGAUAAAUGAAACAAAACCAAUUUUAAUAAAGCCUAAGGAGAACAGGGCACACAUGAUUUUGUCACUUGCUGGACAGGACCAGCUAUAUUGCUACAACACGAAAGGCAUGGUGACAUUAGUGACAUCCUGCCCAAAAGAGGCCAGAGUAUGUGGUUUUCCUUCUGCUCUAAUUGUAAACAGACCGCCAAACAUGGUCAGCUUAUACACAUCUGCUCCAUGUGUUUCAUGUAUCCCAGGUUUUCCUUCAGCAAGGAUGCUUAGCUCUCAAUGUACAAAUAUACAAACUAGGACAACACAUAAAUCCCUGUUAGAGAAGCUGCAGGAUGAGAAGAUUUUUGUCAUAGCAAAGUUCCCAGCCAAAGAUAAACAUGAUCAAGAUGAAAUGAAGUACAUGGUAGCAUUGGCUCCAUCAUGUCCAAAUUUGACUCGAAUCCCUGGGCUCCCCAGCAUUUUACAAUUGAAUCCAACAGAGAAUGAAACAAUGACUAUUCCAGACCCUUGUUCUACUGAGAAGCAUACAUCACAAGAAUUGCCUCAUACGCAGUCAACUCAGUCAUAUCUCAAAGACCCAAGAAUGCCUGGUGUUCCCUCCACAUCUAUUUGCCUCACCAGCACAGCACUUGCAUAUGAGGAGAAAUUCAAAGGCAGUGCAAAGCCAAACAUAGACUGUUGUGUAGAUAACGGCAAAUCCCAUAUAGAGAGGAUAGUAGGGGAGGAAGACCUAACAGGGAAGAGACCAUUGGACACAUCAGAGCCAGCGGGAGUCUUGGGUUGGGAAGUUUUGGAGGCAGAGGGAACAAUUACAGAAAAAAAGGCAAAAUCCUCUUUGUCAGCAAAAGAGGAAGAUGCAUCAGGAUUAGUACAUGCUAUUGUGGGUGUUUUCCAUAAAGGGUUACACUCACUCACUACAGUAUCCAUGUCUCACAGUUAUGAAACAGUAGCAUCCAUGUUGGGGCCGUCUAGCUCUACUUUAGCUGAGGUGGAGCACCAACCCAAGGCUGCCUUUUCUAUGGAUCUGAAAGACAAGACACUGACCCCUUCAGAUAAGUUUUCAACACAUUUUGCGGAUAACACUACUACCAUACAGAAGAUAGAGGGACAGUUUGAUGAAAUUCAAACCAAAGAUAACAUUGAAUUUCCAUUAAGUACUGAGCCUUACAUGUGGGACUUGUUAGGUGAUCCAUCAGUGUCUCCAUCACCAACUACCAAAAGUGAUGAUGGGUUUUUGGUUUGUGCAAGCAUGAAGAAAUGGCCACCACUGACAGAGGCAGAUAUCACUGAAAUAUCAAAGGAAGAUAGUGAACAAGUAAUGGAACAAAAGGCUUCUCUUGAUCAAUGGCUCACAAAGGAGAGGCCACUCACAGGGCAGGAUUCUGUUCAAACAUCGGUAUACAUUGAAAGUUUGUUAGCAAGGCACCAGACUGAGACGGAACAGGAUGAGGGUAGAACCAUGUCAACUUCUUUACAGCUGGAUAAAGGCCACCAACAAACAAACAUAGAAGACAUUUCUAUCACUUCCCUGGAGCCUACAACAAAUGAGUCACUGACAGAUGCCAAUGUACAUGGAGAGAUACUCAAGGACAAACCCUCCGACCCACAAGCUGAUAUUACUGUCCCUCAGCGAGGCAGAAAGCCCAGGAGAAAAGUUCCAGAACCUCAACAGAAAGGGUGUGAUAAUGAAAAAGACACUGUUCCAUUACGACCACUCAGAAGGAAGGAUAGUUUAACACCAGACCACAAACAAAAAUCUGAUGGUUUGUCAGUAAAGCCCCUCCCUGAAGUUGUUUCAGUUCAGUCUGUAAAAAAAGAUGCUACUUUUGAGAUACAACCUGCCCCAGCCACUGCCCCAUCUUGCAACAUAAAGAAAGAAGACCGUAGCGUUCCUCUUGGUGUACCUCAGAAUGAUCAUGCCCAAGAAAGUGUUAGUGCUCGAGUAACACCAUACACAGGUGACCAUAGACAAAAAUGUGAAGUUGAAUCUGUGCAAAUAUCCAUGGAUGUUGUUGCCCCUCCUCGUGUGAAAAGAAGAGAUGGCAGUUUACCACCUGAAACUCCACAGAAAACUGCCCCUUGCAAGCCUCUGAGGAGAAAAGACAGCGGCACCAGACAGACAUCGGUUACAAAAGCUAAUGGCCAACAAGAUUUGAAAGUCAGUUCUGCUUUGGAAACUACAGAUCCUGUUCCUCCUAAACCUUGCGAGAGAAGCUCUGAUGUCUCAGGUGCUCUGGAACCUUUGCAGAGCCUUGAUAAACCCGGUCAAACAACUACUGAAAUUAUCCCUUCACAGCCUGUCGGAAGAAAAGACCAAACAACCAAACAACACUCUCAGGAAACAGAUUUUGUGCAGAGUGCCUCUCGACAGACAGACACAGAACUGGUCUGCUCAAAAGACACUGAGAAAACCUCUUGUACACCGAAAUGCCCCAAGAAAGACACUGAUACGUCUGUCCAGGCCUCUUCUCACGUAAUUCCACACUCGAAAAAAAAGGGAAUUGAGAGCAUCACCCAAAAGCCAAAAUCAAAAAUGUUUAAUGUUGAGCAAACUGCUUCUCUCUCAAUCAUUAAGAAGAUACGUCUUCCACAACAUGGCAACAAAUUGCCCUCAAGCAAAUUUGGCAAAAUUGACAGUGACAAGGAGUGUGUAAAAGCAGUUCAGAUUGUCAACACUGGCAUGGAAGAAAUAAAGCAAUCUAGUAUAGUUGGUGACACAUCUGUUGAUACAAUCGUCAUCACAUCUCCUAAGGAAUCAGAGCACGCAUCAGAGAUAGCAGAAGCAAAGAAGGACAAACAAAGAAUUCUUCGUAUCCCAAAGCCCCGUGUGAAAAAACGUCUUAGUGGCUCCUUCCCAGAAGAUGUUACAGCUAUGGAGACCACAUCUAAGGCUUCCCAUGGAGAAGAGGCACAGGCAGCGACGCAAGGUGGUCCUUCAUCCAUUUCCCCAACAACUAAAGAAUUGCCAAAGAUGCAACACAGCAAAGGCUCCCCUCCUCUUCCUCUGGGUGAGCAACCAUCUGCAUCUACAGAAGAGGUGGUGCCUGUAAAGUUGAGGAGAAACAGACUGACCAUUGAAAGCAGUGUUCCAGUAGAGGAUGGGCAUAUUUCAGAGAAGAGACCAGGUUCUUCAAGCUUGCCUGUACCAAAACCAAGAGUAAAGAAGCGUCUUAGUGGUUCGUUCCCAGAUGACAUCAUUACGUCUCCCUGCCUGCCAGACACGGUUACUGACACCACUGGUCACGAAUCAGUCCAACAGAAUGAACAGUCAAGCUUACCUUUUCCAUUGCCACGGGCCAAGAAACGUCUCAGUGCUACUUAUUCAGAAAGCACACCACCGGUAGACAAUUUAUUCCCCCAAGAGAUGGAAUUAUUUCAGAGAAACCCAGAGGAUACAUCUGCCACGAGCAAGGAAACUAAGGAAGGCUCAACAUCUCUGGAUUCAAGUGUGAUCUUUGAAGGAGGUUUUGUCACUAUCCAAGGAGAAGAUGUUGUUGCGUCAGAGUUGGAACGGGAAGUGCUAGAAGCAAUGGAAGAAGAGGAAUUUCCUCAGGCAGACUCUGUAGAAGAUAAUGAGAAGGCCCUGGAAGAAAUCAUGAAAGGCUGGACCUUUACAGAAAAACCUAUUGUCACAGAUGACUCAGAGAAGUCUGCAGAGGCGGUGUCCGAGCAAGCUGACAUCGAAAAAGUCCUGGAAGUAGAAGUUGAUAGGUCCACUGUUGCAUCGUCUCAGGAUGACUGGCUGCAUGUAGAGGAUGAUAAAGACAGUGAACCAAUGGAAAUAAACUCAAAGAAGGAAAUGAGGGAUGAAGAGUUGGACUUUGACUUUGUGUCGGUAGAUGUAGAUGCUGGUUGUUUAGAGGAAGAAAGGCAAAGGGAGAAGUCACAAGUUGCUGGCCUCCACCAAGCCAAUGAACCAAUAACACCUCAUAAAAUACCUGCAGAUGAGACUGCCUCUCUGGAAAGCUUUUCGCCCAGUCCCAGCUUAGUGACAUCCAGUCAGUCUCUACUGGACUGGUGUCAGGAAGUCACACAGGAUCACAAGGGAGUGAAGAUCACCAACUUCAGCACCUCCUGGAGGAACGGCCUUGCUUUUUGUGCCAUCUUACAUCACUUUCAACCAGAAAAGAUUAAUUAUGAAAUGCUGGACCCGUAUGACAUCAAGCACAACAACAAAAAGGCCUUUGAUGGCUUUGCCGAACUUGGCAUUUCCAGACUGAUAGAGCCUUCAGACAUGGUCAUGCUAGCAGUCCCUGACCGCCUAAUUGUCAUGACCUACCUAAACCAAAUCCGCACUCAUUUCACGGGCCAGGAGCUCAGACUGCUUCACAUAGAGAGGGAUAGCAGCGAGUCCAGCUAUGCAGUAGCAGGGGACCAGGAGAGCCAAGAGGACCCCCAGGCAACUGUUCGCUACUGCGCCCAGAGGCUCCAGGAGGAGGGUAUAAGUCUAGAGAGUAAUGGGACUACAGGCACAGCCGAGUCGGACAGUAAAACCAAGGAUGUCGUUCCACCUCCUAGAACCAAACGGCUGCAGGUUGCUGGGUCAAGUGGGGCUCAGUUACCAGUCGCACCACCAAGGACUCAUUUCCUGUCCAAGACUGGUUUCUCUCAUGUCAAAGACGCUGAUCUGGUUAAGAAGCGUAGGUCACAGCGGAGGAGUGGGUCAGUAGAAGAAGGAGACAUAUCAGUGGUUGUUGCAGGGCAGGAUGAAAGAAGAAAGUCAGACACUGAGAGAACGGAGGCUGUGGCUGAGGAGGGAAGACCAGAAGGCCAAGACACCAACCAGUAUGUGCUGAGUCAGAUGGAAGCCCUGGAGGCGGAACAAAAUCAUAUUGAUAACAGAGCAGGUGUGGUGGAGAGGAAACUUAGACAACUACUGGAAACAGGCAGUGACAAGGUGGAGGAGGAGCGGUUGAUUCAGGAAUGGUUUACGCUGGUCAACAAGAAGAAUGCUUUAAUCAGGAGGCAGGACCAUCUGCAGCUGCUGCUGGAGGAACAAGACUUGGAAAGAAAAUUUGAGCUGUUAAACAAAGAGCUGAGGGACAUCAUGGCUCUCGAAGAGUGGCAGAAGACGCAGGCCCAUAAACACAGGGAGCAGCUGCUGCUUCAGGAGCUGGUUUCACUGGUCAACCAGAGAGACCAGCUGGUCCACAAUAUCGACGCCAAAGAGAGAGGAGCUCUGGAGGAGGACGAGCGUCUGGAGCGAGGCCUGGAGCAGCGCAGGCGUAAGUAUUCUGUACAGCAGAAAGAGAAGUGCGUGAUGCAGUGAUUCCAUCCACCUCCAGCCACCAAAAACGCAGAGUCACCUAUGUGAAAGAAAGCGGGUCAAGACAACAACAAAAAAAAGAAUGGGACAAUCGUUUUUUGGUCAUCCACCACUUGCUGCCAGACUGAUUGGUGUGGUUUGAAGUCGGCAGUAAGAGGACAUUUAGACACAGCUGACCCAAGGAGGGUACUUUGGAACCAACAUGGGUAUUUUCCGAUGGAGACUCAGAUGGCCCAAAACCCGAGUGAGGCUCCGCUAUGUUUAGGCUCAGAGUCAACUUUUAUUUUGGUUUGCUUUCCCCCUAUUUUGAGCAUCAUAAAAUGUAGCGCUAGGCUCCAUUUAAUCACCAAAGAUCAAUGUAAUUGAAGUAGGCAGAAUGCAGUACACAGUACAUGGUGUAAGUUUUACCAAACCCUACAGGAUGUUCGGCACCCACUGAGCAGAAGGCAUCGGUGGCUCAGAGAGAGCAGUUUGGACUUGGUUUGCUUUGCAGUUUCUGUGCUGUGUUUUUAGUGUCUAUUGUUAACAGACCUGCGACUGUGAAUGUAACCGUGUGUUUGAUUGAUAGUGUGUACGAGACUGGAAGUGUUUGCUACAGGAUAUGAGCUGCCAUUUUAAAAAGGGGAGUAGGUUUGACCAGUGUCACAGCGAUACUGACAUGUUGGGAUUGGACCUGCUGAUAACAACAACAACAACAAAAAAACAACUAGUGCCAGUACAUUCAUAGAGGAUUCAGUGUUUCCUGUUGACUGUUACUCAUGGCAGGGAAGAUACAUAAGAUAAGAUAGACUUUAUUAAUCCCACACUGGGGGAAGUCCUGUGCUACAGCAGCUCAAAAGAUUUUUCAUCAGAAUUACACAAAUAUUGGGGAGGGAUUGAAAAUGUAAAAAAUACAAUCUCUAUAACAAUAGCAUUUGUCCUUGAAAUAAAAAAAAAAAAAAAAA